AUGGCGUUCUUGUUUAAAUCGAAGAAGGCCCAACCGGGUCAACAGCCAGGAGCACAGGGCUUUCCUCCCGCCAGUAGGAAUAUACACACCUCAGAGGGUUCAAUGCAAGAAAAACAACCGUUUGUGAAUGGCGACAGGCCUCGAGAUAUGGGCAGAAUGGUGUCCCCAACACCAAGCGGAAGUAUCAAUAACUCUUUGAAUUCCGUCACCACUCCGGGCAGUCCUGACCCAAGUCGGAUGCGACAGCGAGCGGACUCUGAAACACAGCCGCCGCGAUCACAAUCAUCUGCUGCUACCAGCUCGCCUACAGCAGGCAUGAAUGCUGCGCUCUACCCUUGGUCCCAGCGGCGCCUGAAUUUUACCUCCUCAAACACCAACCCAUUUCCUCGAUAUGGCGCCGCAAUCAACUCAAUUGCUUCGAAAGAAGGCGACAUUUACAUGAUGGGUGGUCUGAUUGACGGUUCUACUGUAAAGGGCGAUCUUUGGAUGGUAGAAAGCAGUGGAGGUAAUCUUUCAUGUUUCCCGAUCCCAACAGUCUCGGAAGGUCCAGGUCCACGUGUUGGUCACGCGAGCCUGCUUGUUGGAAAUGCAUUCAUCGUAUUUGGAGGUGAUACAAAAGUCAACGACAACGACGUUCUAGACGAUACCCUCUAUUUGCUUAAUACAUCAUCUCGCCAAUGGUCCCGAGCAAUCCCCCCCGGUCCGCGUCCCGCAGGACGAUACGGCCACACAUUGAACAUUCUAGGAUCCAGGCUAUACGUAUUUGGAGGUCAGGUUGAUGGUUUCUUUUUCAACGAUCUCAUUGCUUUCGACUUGAAUGCUCUCCAAAGUCCUACCAACAAAUGGGAGUUUUUAAUCCGUAACACGAGCGAAGGUGGCCCACCAGCGGGUCAGAUCCCUCCACCGCGAACAAAUCAUACGACUAUCAGUCAUAAUGACAAGUUAUAUCUAUUUGGAGGUACAAAUGGUUCACUUUGGUUCAAUGAUGUCUGGUGUUACGAUCCAAGAACAAAUAGCUGGUCAGAGCUUGACUGCAUCGGUUUCGUUCCUUCUCCACGUGAAGGACAUGCUGCGGCACUAAUAGGUGAUACUAUGUAUGUUUUCGGUGGUCGCAAUGAGGACGGCAUCGAUUUGGGCGACUUGUCUGCCUUUCGUAUCGGCAACAAACGGUGGUUUUCGUUUCACAACAUGGGACCUGCACCGUCUCCCAGAUCAGGUCAUAGCAUGACUGCAUUCGGAAGGCAGAUUAUCGUAUUGGCAGGCGAACCAAGCUCAGCACCGAGAGAUCCGACAGAACUUAGCAUGGCGUAUAUUUUGGACACUUCUAAAAUACGCUAUCCAAACGAAGCCGCUCCGAAUGGCGAGAAAGCUUCUGAUGGACGGAAAACAAGCAGUGAAAAGUCUGUAACUCCCACUGGUCGGGUCUCUAGGGAAGCGCAAAAUGCCCCAGUGGACCAACCGCGCCGGAUGACCACUUCAUAUCGAGAAAGCACGAUGGGUCCUAAUGUGAAGCCACAAGGUGACCCUUCUCAAGGUCCUGCAGGAUCAAGACUUCCACGGGCAUCUAUUGCUCAGGCACCGGCGGGACCUCCUCCACCAGGUCAAGCGCCAACCCCUACCCCGCGAAUGAAUGGACAGGUUACACAGACGUCUAGGAGCAAGACACCGACGAAACAAGACCGAAACUACGGCCCUCAAGUUGAUACAGUACGCGCCGCUGCGGUGGAUCGUGAUGUGCAAUCUCCAACUUUGAGGGGCUCUCCAAUGGACAGCAAUCGGCCUCCAGCAGACACAAGCCCUGUAUCUGGCGGUCGCCGUACUCCGAGUAGCCAACCUCCGUCAAGGACUGCUGCGAGGGCAAUGGAAGCCGGAGAAGCAGCCCCUCUUAUGAGCGCACCGACAAGGCAAAGAUCACUGCAAAAACAAAGACAAAGAGCCUCCAUGGAUAGUACUGACGAAUUGGUUCUCGGAAGGCAGUCAAGUAUGGAUGGUUCCGUUGAGUCCCGAAGUCAUAGGAAUUCCCGCAUCCUGGGCGACGAGCCUAGAUCACCUAGACUUACCCCUCACCAAGAAGCACUGAUCAAGGAGCUCGAAGCGGCGAGAAAUCGCAACGCAUGGUAUGCUUCAGAGCUAGCAUUGGCCCGCAAAGCUGGCUACAACCCCAGUCCAUCUAGUAGCUCAACGCUUGAUGAGCGCCCUCCUGAUGCGUUUACCGAUGAGGAUCGGCCGUUGAUAGAGGCAUUCCUUGCAAUGAGAGCGGAACUUGCUAAGAUGCAAGCCACCGUAGAUCGUCAGGCUGCGAUUGCCUCGAAGAGAGUUGCCGAGGUCGAGCACCAACGCGAUGCUGCGAUCAGUGAGGCAGCGUAUGCUCGUGCCAAAUUAGCCGCUCAUGGUGGCAGCCAGCGUAGCACACCACAGCUCGAAGGACCAUCUCGUGGUGAUGAUGAGACCAACUCUGAGCGCGUGACCGAUCUGAGUAGAAGACUGGCCAUAGCCCUGGCCGCACAGACAGAGAUGAAAUCGAAACUAGAUGCCAUGACAGUUGAUCUCGAUCAAGAAAAGAGAGCUCGCGAGUUAGCAGAAGGGACAAACGAAGCCACGCGAAAGCGGCUAGCGGAACUGGAAAUGCAAAAUCAUGCGUCAGAGUUGGAAAGUUUGAGAGCUGAACUCCAUCAGCUGCAAGCACAUGCCAGACAAGAGUCCGCGCUUCGCUCCGAGGCAGAAGCUAAUCAUAAACAGAUCAGUAUCGAUAAAGAAGAGUUGAGUCAGAAACUGGAAGAUGUUACAUCGCGCCUCAAAGAUCACGGUGGUAAUAUGACAUCACUACGUGAAGCCGUUGCAGCCUCUGCGGCAAAGGCUACCUUGAUGGAGAAACAUCUUGAGGAGGAGCGUGAACGCCGAGAAGGACUGGAGCGAAAACUGCUACAAUUGAGGGCCGACUACGAAGAAAGGACGGCUGAAUUGGAAACUGCAAAUCGUCGUCUGAAAGAGGCCGAGGAAUUGGCCGAAAGUCAUGCUCGGGAGGCAGAGAGUCAUAAGCUUGCCUUCAUCUCAGGCCUUGAUCGUGCAUCAUCAAUUGAUUCCGAUAGCUCGAUUCGAUCGAUAACCGACCAGCGCGUCGUAGCUUUGCAAGCUCAAGUUGAGGCAGCCGCUAAGCUGGCCAAAUCGAACCAGGCAGCUGCCGACGAAGCUGCAGACAAAUUGAGGCGUGCAGAAGAACGUAUCGCGGGUCUUGAGGCGUACCAAGAGCAAGUCAGCCGUGAGGGUCUUCACCUCCGUCGUCAAUUGCAGACAGCCAUCAAAGAUAGUCAAUCCAUGGCGACAGAGAACAAGGAACUCAAAUCGCAGCUCGAGAGUCAGCAGCGUGAUACCAGUGCUCUGGCAAUUCAACAUGGUGCUCUCAAGGAUCUUCUUGGCGAGCGCGGCGUCCAUCCUUCGGAUAGCCGAAGGUCGCCCCUUCUGGAUUCACCUGGGUCUCGUUUUGGCACUCCCGAACAAACACGUCUCCGCGACCUCGAGCAGCAACUUCAGGCUAGCUUGAAGGCUCACGAAGAGACCAAGGUUACAUUCGAGUCGCGUGAGCAAGAAGCUGAUCGUACUUACCGUGAGAAAUUGGAGCAGCUUGAGAAUGACUAUCAGUCCGCCGUCCACUACGUCAAGGGAACAGAGAAGAUGCUGAAGCGCAUGAAGGAUGAAUUGGCUAGGUACAAGACACACGCUGCUACUUUGCAAACCGAGUUGGAGGCGGUGCAGAAGAAUGUAGAGCAAUCCUCAAGCUCUCCGGCUCCGGCUUCUUGGGAAAACGAACGAUCCGAAUUGCAGAAAUCACUUGCGGAACUUCAGACCAACAUGAGUACAUCUAUCAACGACUUGGAGAGCCAAAUCACCAAGCUCAGGGAGGAUCUUUCUACAGCACAAACUGAAAGCCACGAGACUCGAUCGGCGCACGAAGCUGCCAAAAAAGAGCUCCUUACUGUGGCAGACAGGUCACGUGCUGAAAUUGAGCAGUUGAAGGAAGAAAACUCUUUGCUAGAAUCCCGAGCGUUGCAUGCAGAGCAGCGGGUUACGAUGCUACUUGAGCAGAUGGUAACAUCUGUGGACAAUCAUCGCCGUCAAUCCCAGCACGGUCAAGGAUUCAGCAGUAUUUCGCGAACUCAUAGUAAUGCAUCGACAGCGACAGCCGGCGGAUUCGAUGGCGGCCGCCCCCGAGAUAAUAACAAUGUCUCCCGUGACGAUUUGUUCUUGGACAACCGCAGCUCAAUGGCCUUGGAUUCGCUUGCCAAUGAGUUGGAUGCUCUUCGCAGUCACUGGGAGAGCACCAAUCGUAGCCAUCGUCUGAGCUCUACCUUUGACCUGGAGGCAACUCCCACCAAGGAGACGCACGAGAGCAGUACCUUGAGCGAGAGCGUUAGUAACUGGCGACGGCGAUUGGAGGAAGAGGAGUUACGCGCGAGCAGCCCGGCCAUUGGCCUCUCUGAUGGACUGAGAACGCCAAUUGCCGCAACUCAUGCAGGCGCAGCAGAACAUUCUGGCAGCAACAUGAUAUAA